AAUUCUUCCUUGUUAAUCCCAGAUCCAAUUCCCUUUCCCCAUUUCUUGAUUUUCUUCUGCAAAUCUACAAAAAGAAAAAAAAAAAUGUUUGUUGAAGCAAUUUCCGCUGUUUCGAUUCAAGGGCUGUGCUGCUAGUAUUUCACCGUUGUCAAAUCUGCCCAAUCGCAAUGCCUUAUUCAUCGUCAACUUCGUUUCCCCAUGGCUUGAAUUCACUCUCUGGUGGUUCUUCUUCUACUUGUUCUGCGUCGACUUUCAGUGGUAUUGCUUUGGCGAAGAGGCGUGAUAAUGGAUUCGCGACUGGGUGCAUCGAACGAAACCACGACUUUGCCACUCACGGGUUUGGUGUUUCAGCCAUUUGAGGAGGUUAAGAAAGAUGACCUUAUUGUCCCUGCUGCUUCUGAUGUUUCUCUUGCUCGACACUUGUUCUUGGAUGACUGCGAGGCUGCAAUCAAUGAGCAGAUCAAUGUGGAGUACUGUGUAUCAUAUGUGUACCAUUCUCUGUACGCUUACUUCGACAGGGACAAUGUUGCUCUAAAAGGCCUCGCUAAAUUUUUUAAGGAGUCGAGCUUAGAAGAAAGAGAACACGCGGAGAAGCUAAUGGAGUAUCAGAAUAAGAGAGGAGGGAGAGUGAAGUUAAAUAGCCUUGAGAUGCCACCUGCUGAGUUCGAUCACCCUGAAAAGGGUGACGCACUGUAUGCGAUGGAAUUAGCGUUGUCGUUGGAGAAGCUGACCAAUGAAAAACUAUUGAAGCUUCACAGUAUUGCUGAUAGUAACAACGACCCCCAGCUAGCAGAUUUCGUAGAGAGUGAAUUUCUGGAGGAACAGGUGGCAUCCAUCAGAAAGAUUUCUGAAUAUGUUGCUCAGCUGAGGAGGGUGGGAAAAGGACACGGAGUGUGGCACUUCGAUCAGAUGCUGCUUAAUUGAGGAGAUGUGGCAGCAUAAACAAAGGUGUUACGGUGUUAUUUCGUAAUAGAUUUAAGGAUGUGCAAGUUUAGUUUAAUUGAUGUAUCGUACAAUGUUUAGCAGAAAUCCCAGUUACUACUUAGCUUGUUGUCUAAAUAAAAGAGAUCAUGAAAAUUAUCUCCCCUUUUGUGUAUGCUUUUAGCUGAGUAUCUUAAACUGUCAAAUGUAAGGUAGUAUUUAUCCGGGAGCAUCUCCCUCGGCCCCUUUAGUAGGCCCACGACGAAUUGGCCCAAAGCGGAGUGGGCUCGAAGAUUCGGAACUUCUUGAACUGGUUUUUGAACCACAUCAUUAUGAAUUAAAAUCUUCAUUGCUA